ACAGUGAAAGCUGAGAGAGAGAGAGAGAGACGUGUUUGGGAAGGCAGAUGUUGCUCACGAAGUCAUAAGAACGAGUUCAAAAAUUUAUAGCAAGACAUUCCAGAGGGUCAACGGUGGAUGUGGUGAUUGGAACACUGAAAAGGAUCGUUUCUUCUGGAAUCAGACAUCACAAUAGAAAUGGUGCAAACAAACGUGCAGCACAAGAAAAGGCAAGUGGCAAUCUUCCUUAUAUUGAUGGUUUUGUGGGAGGUGGGCUCUGAACUGAUUCAUUAUUCUGUAUUGGAGGAGACAGAAAGUGGCACGUUUGUGGCCAACUUGACAAAGGACCUAGGACUUAAGGAGGGAGAGCUGGCUGCUCGGGGAGCCCGGGUUGUUUUCAAGGGGAACAGACAGCAUUUGCAGCUUGAUCCACAAACCCAUGAUUUGCAGUUAAAUGAAAAAUUAGACCGGGAGGAGCUGUGUGGCUCCACGGAGCCGUGUGUGCUUCCUUUCCAAGUGUUACUGGAAAAUCCUUUGCAGUUUUUUCAGGCUGCUUUGAGAGUCAGAGAUAUAAAUGACCACACCCCUGAGUUCCCUGACAGAGAAAUGCUUCUGAAAAUAUCAGAAAUUACACUACCAGGAAAGAUAUUUCCUCUGAAAAUGGCACAGGAUUUAGAUACUGGCAGCAAUAGCAUUCAGAGCUAUACAAUCAGCUCCAACCCUCACUUCCACGUUCUCACCCGCAAUCGCAGCGACGGCAGGAAGUUCCCGGAGCUGGUGCUGGACAAAGCAUUGGACCGGGAGGAACAGCCCCAGCUCAAGCUAACGCUCACAGCGCUGGAUGGCGGCAUUCCCCCGCGGUCAGGGACCACAAGGAUUCAGAUAGUGGUCUUGGACAGCAAUGACAAUGCCCCUGAAUUUGCUCAGGAGCUCUAUGAAGUGCAAGUCCUGGAGAACAACGCCAUUGGCUCUCUGGUUACUACUGUCUCUGCGAGAGAUUUAGAUGCAGGAUCCUUUGGGGAAGUAUCUUAUGCCCUAUUUCAAGUGGAUAACUUAAACCAACCCUUCGAAAUAAAUGCAAUCACAGGAGAAAUUCGACUAAAAAAGACUUUGGAUUUUGAGGAAUUUCAGUCUUACCACGUCGAUGUGGAGGCCACAGAUGGCGGGGGCUUAACAGGAAAAUGCUCUUUAGUCGUCAAGGUUCUGGAUGUGAAUGACAACGCACCAGAACUGACAAUGUCCUCUCUCGUCAGCUCUAUCCCUGAAAACUCUCCAGAGAUCACAGUGGCUGUGUUCAGUGUUUCAGAUGCAGAUUCCGGACAUAACCAACAGGUUAUCUGUUCUAUAGAUGACAAUCUCCCCUUCAUUCUGAGACCUACGAUGGAGAAUUUCUACACCCUGGUAACAGAAAGCCCGCUAGACAGAGAGAGCCAAGCCGAGUACAACAUCACCAUCACCGUCACCGACCUGGGGACUCCCAGGCUGACCACAGAGCACAGCAUAACCCUGCUGGUCUCCGACGUCAACGACAACGCCCCCGCCUUCACCCAGGCCUCCUACACCCUGCUGGUCCGCGAGAACAACAGCCCCGCCCUGCACAUCGGAACCAUCAGCGCCACAGACGCAGACGCGGGCACCAACGCCCAGGUCACCUACUCGCUGCUGCCGCCCCACGACCCGCAGCUGGCCCUGGCCUCGCUGGUGUCCAUCAACGCCGACAACGGCCAGCUGUUCGCGCUCAGGUCGCUGGACUACGAGGCCCUGCGCGCCUUCGAGUUCGGCGUGCGCGCGGCAGACCGCGGCUCGCCCGCGCUCAGCAGCCAGGCGCUGGUGCGCGUGCUGGUGCUGGACGCCAACGACAACGCGCCCUUCGUGCUCUACCCGCUGCAGAACGGCUCUGCGCCCUGCACCGAGCUGGUGCUGCUGUUCGUGGCGGCGCGGCUGUGCAGGAGGGCCAGGGCGGCCUCGCUGGGGGGCUGCUCGGUGCCCGAGGGCCACUUCCCGGGCCACCUGCUGGACGUCAGCGGUACUGGGACCCUGUCCCACAGCUACCAGUAUGAGGUGUGUCUGACGGGAGGGACAGGGACCAGCGAUUUUAAAUUUCUGAGGCCAAUUAUCCCCAAGUUCUCUCCUCAGGGUGCUGGUAGAGAAAUGAAAGAAAGCCCCACCUUUCGGAAUAGUUUCCCAUUCAAUUAAGUUUGGGAUUAUCCUAUUAAGCCCUACUCAUAAUAAUUGGAAAUCUUUUUUAAC